GAGGAAGGAGCUGCUGCUUGCCCAGCUAUGACCCAGUCGGUAGUGGUGCAGGUGGGCCAGUGCGGGAACCAGGUGGGCUGCCGCUUCUGGGACCUGGCGCUGCGGGAGCACGCUGCUGUCAACAAGAAAGGAAUUUAUGAUGAAGCAUUAAGCAGUUUCUUCAGGAAUGUGGAUACAAGAAGUGAUGAUGAUGGUCCUGAUAUUUACAGAGGAAAAAUCUGCUCUUUAAAAGCACGGGCACUGUUGAUUGACAUGGAGGAGGGUGUGGUAAAUGAAAUUCUGCAGGGACCAUUGAGGGAUGUGUUUGAUACUAAGCAGCUUAUCACAGAUGUUUCUGGUUCAGGAAACAACUGGGCUGUAGGUCAUAAGCUUUAUGGCUGUCAGUACCGGGAAAACAUUGUGGAAAAGCUGAGGAAAACUGCAGAACAUUGUGACUGUCUACAGUGUUUUUUCGUAAUUCAUUCUAUGGGAGGUGGGACAGGAUCUGGCCUUGGAACUUUUGUACUAAAUUUGCUUGAGGAUGAAUUCCCAGAAGUAUAUAGAUUUGUUACUUCAGUUUAUCCCUCUGGUGAAGAUGAUGUUAUUACUUCUCCAUAUAACAGUGUUCUGGCUAUGAAGGAGCUUAAUGAACAUGCAGACUGUGUGCUACCAAUUGAAAAUGAAUCUCUGUUUGAUAUAGUUAGGAAAAUUCAUCAGAUGAUCAAUACUGGGAAGCUAGGGUCAACCGUGAAGCAAAACAGCUUGGUAACAUCAAGCACAGGCAGUGCAAAAACUGUACAAGAGAAGCCUUUUGAUUCAAUGAAUAAUAUCGUAGCCAACUUGUUGCUGAACCUGACAAGCUCUGCUAGGUUUGAAGGUUCCCUUAACAUGGAUCUUAAUGAAAUCAGCAUGAAUUUGGUUCCAUUUCCUCGACUUCAUUACUUGGUUUCAAGCUUGACUCCUCUGUAUACUUUGGCUGAUGUUAAUGUACCUUCUAGAAGGUUGGAUCAGAUGUUUUCAGAUGCUUUUAGUAGAGAUCAUCAACUAAUUCAAGCAGAUCCAAAGCACAGCCUCUACCUUGCAUGUGCGCUUCUUGUUCGAGGAAAUGUGCAGGUUUCAGACCUCCGCAGAAACAUUGAAAGGUUGAAGCCUUCUCUGCACUUUGUCUCCUGGAAUCAAGAGGGCUGGAAAACUGGUCUGUGUUCAGUACCUCCUGUGGGCCAUUCCCAUUCACUUCUGGCUUUAGCAAACAACACUUGUGUAAAACCAACUUUCAUUGAACUCAAAGACAGAUUUAUGAAGCUCUACAAGAAAAAGGCUCACCUUCACCAUUAUCUGCAUAUAGAUGGGAUGGAGCAAAGCUGUUUUUCUGAAGCCGUAUCAUCUUUGUCUGACCUAAUAGAAGAGUACAAUGAAUUGGAUGCCACAAAAAGUACUCCUACAACAGAUCCAUCAAGACUGAAGAUAGCUGUUUAAAGAAGGAAGAAAUGAUUUUUAUUUAUUUAAAAUUUCCUGCAAGCAUCCAACCACUUCAGUUAACACAAGUGAAUGACAGCAUGUCUAGCUAUUGCAAUUCAAAAUGAGACUGGGACAACAGCUUCCUCUGCUCUGAGAAGUGUCAUAGUAAGUGUCAGGCCCAGCCUGUAAGAAAGAUUUGAAGAUGCCUAAUUAUCAUCAGUAAAGAGCAAUGGAUGUCAGUAAGAACAGUCUUCCUAAAUAUAAAUUGACAAUACCUUAUGCUUUAAGGGAAGAAAGAGAGAUUUUAGCAGCUAAAAAUAUGGUUCCUUUCCCUGACUUUCAGCUUACGGUAAGUUAAAGGCAGGCCUUACUUCAAAGAAGGAUCACGGUUGCUAGAUUUGUUUUUUAACAAGCAACUAUGAAGAGAAGAAAAGCCCUCAUAGUCUUUUCAAAGAUGAAAGCAAAUCUGUAAUGAAACCGGUUUCUUAAACUUUACAGGACAGUAGUCAUUUCAGAAUGCUUUAAGCUGUGUUCAUAGUUUUAAUAUUUUGGCUUCCAUAUUGCAUUAAGCUUUAUAGAGCCUUCUGAAUUGAUAUCAAAGUUGGCAACAUCAGAAAAUUCAACAAACUAAAUUUUGUUUCAAGUAUUGUACUUGGAGUAUUGAUUAACAUUAUUUUAAUAAUUCAUGUUUAUGAAUGCUGAGUUGCACUAGAUUAUGAGAUAAUACAAUUUACCUCUGAGCAAAACAUGCAUUAGUAGUGAAGUUAUAAUGAUGGCUUGGAAAACAAAGUUUAUAUACUUAAAAGAAUGCAGGUAAAAUAGAUGGUUUAAUAUUAAUAAUUACUAGGGUAAGUAAAUUUUUCUAUUUCGGUAAAAACUCUUACAAAAUAGAACAUACAGCUAUUUCCAG